UUAUAUAAAUCUCGGCUAAAUCAGCUCACUUGAUCCGCGACUGUUCAGUGAUACAUUCUAGUCUAUCUGCCCGAUAAAAUGCGCUGGUUGGGAGUCGGUUUUGUGCUGAUAUUGAACUUGGCCGUGGGAUUCAGCGUGCUACCUUCAACGCUGCAGGUAUGCUCAAUCAGUGACCCCAACCUGUCACAGUGUAUCAUCAACGUGGUCGAUUCCUUGCGGCCAAAUAUAGCGUCCGGAAACUACGGGGACGGUCGGGUUGCACCCUCGCUGGAUCCCUACUCGAUAGCACAGAUGGACGUAGACCACGGACCGAGCUUCAAUGCCAAGUUGAAGAAUGUCACCAUCGAAGGCGUGAGGGAUUUUGUGAUCAAGAAACUGCGGCCCGAUCUGUCCGAGAAGAGGUUCAACAUCACUGCGAAAUUGCCGAAUCUGUUCGUUCGUGGGAAGUACAACUUGAACAUGAAUAUCCUGUUGCUGAAAAUUUCCGGUGAUGGAAAUUUCAACCUAACACUCGGCGACACCUUGGUCAGUUUGAAAAUCCAAUACUAUCUGGACUCCAAGGAUGGCAAGGAUUACAUGAAGUUCAAGCCGAUCGACGUGCGGUUCAAGUUCGAUAAAGCCGAGUUCUAUCUGCAGAACUUGUUCAACGGCGAUCCGGCUCUGGAAAAGAUUGGCAACCAGGCGAUCAACGCCAAUCCACACCUCCUACUGGAAGAGGUUCGACCGUCCAUCGAGGAGCACAUGAAGGGAUCGCUGACGCAAAUUUCGAACAUCGUCGUGCAAGGAGCCGAAGUGAAGGAACUGCUUCCACCGUAAGGUUGCACGUUGGACCGGGAAAGUUUUGGGAUAAGUGUUCGGUUGUGAAAAGUGGAACUUUGUUGAAGUUUUUUUUUCCAAUAAAUUCAAAGGAUUUUUGGUAAUAUCUAGUUUAA